AUGGCCUCGACAGUGGAGAAACCGACCGCCACUGGAGUGGAGAACCUAGCCAACAAUUCUUCUGGCAAUCUUGCUAUUGCUUUUGAGGAAGGCAAGGACCUCGGCCUGAGCGAUGCUCAUCUCUGCACCGACGCGGACAACAAACGUAUCCUUCGCAAGACGGACCUCUACAUGCUCUCACUUCUUUGCAUGGUUUAUUUUCUUCAGUCAGCAGACAAAGGAAUCAUCGGCUUAACGGCAGUCUACGGUUUAAAAACCGAUGCGAAACUCAAGGGCAACAACUAUUCCAAUAUUGGUAACAUCGGUUACUAUGCCCAACUUGGUGUCCAGCCUUUGGCUGCAUAUAUCCUUGUCAAGGCGCGAUACCGCCAAGUCCUUCCCAUCAUCAUCACCUGCUGGGGAAUUUCGGUUGCUGGUGGCCUUGGUGGAUCCAGAAGUUACGCUGGGCUCCUUGUGUCUCGGUUUUUCCUCGGUGCCUUCGAGGCUGCCGUCAUUCCACUUUUCUCCAUCAUUACCAUCGCCUUCUACAGACGUUCAGAACAGCCUUUCCGGGUCGCAUGCUGGUACAGCUGCUAUGGUCUUAGCACUUUGAUAAGUGCUCCCAUCGUUUACGGCUUUGGUCGUAUACACUCGCACACGCUCUUCCGGUACCAGGUCGUUUACCUCUUCUUCGGCCUCUUGACUAUUUUCAUUGGUCUUAUCACCUACUGGUGGGCCCAUGACAGCCCCGGAGAGGCGCGGUAUCUGUCGCCCGAGGACCGUCUCAAGGCUGUCGAUCGAUUGAAGGCCAACCAGCAGGGUAUCGUCUCGCACAACUUCAAUUGGAAGCACGUUAUCGAGGCUUGGACGGAACCUAAAUAUUGGCUAUACAUGAUUAUGGUCAUCGCCGUCAACGCUGGAGCAUCUGUCUCAUCGGUUUUCGGUUCCAUUAUUCUCCAAAGUUUGGCUGGCUUUACGGCUGAUCAAGCUGUGCUUCUCAACAUGCCAUUCGGCGCGCUCCAAUUCCUGUCGAUCAUCUCCGCGUCAUGGUUGGCAUACCGUUUUAAACGCAAGUCGCCCUUCUUGCUCGGACUUGUUACCAUCGUUAUCAUUGGAGUUACCUUGCUGGUUGCUCUCCCAAAGACCAAGGCGAACAAGGGUGGUCUCCUCGCCGGCUACUAUCUGAUCGCUUUCGUUUACGCCAUUAACCCUUUGCUCAUCUCCUGGAUGGGCGGUAACUGUGCCGGACAGACCAAAAAGGCCAUAUACUACACGUCUUUCAAUGCUGGCAAUUCCAUCGGUAACAUUAUCACUCCUUACAUCUUCGACGCCAAAUUUGCCCCACAAUACAUCAACGCCCUUAAAGGCAUUCUGGCUAUUUGGUGCAUCCUUUGGGGUGUUGUAGUUGCUCAGAUCUUGCUCAUCACCUGGAUGCAAAAGAAGAAGGGAGACCAGCGUGAAGCAGCCGGUCUUCCAAGGAACUUCGUCGACUACUCUAUGAGUGGAGAAUUCCACGAGGCUGGUUCCGAGGUUCACGGCGAGAACGGUCUUCAAGACAUGACAGACAAGGAGAACAUUUACUUCCAGUACCUUUUGUAA